AUGUCAACCACCACAACAAUAAAAGAAGAUGCAAUUCCCUACCUGGAAUUCCCCUCCCCAAACCGGAACAACCCCUCCCGGAAACAAUGCUUGGUUUUCUUCAUAACCGGCAACCCAGGCCUAGCAAGCUACUACACGCCCUUCCUCACCCACCUCCGCCACCUCCUCGACACGCUUGAGUCGUCCAACAAGGCCGCCUACCACAUCUACACCCGCAACCUCCUCGGCUUCUCCGACCACGACCACUCCCCCCCCUUUGGAAACACCCUCCCCCCAUCCAACCUCCCAACCCAACCCUUCACCCUCGAAGACCAAAUUAUCUCCUUAACCUCCACCCUUGUUUCCCUCAACACCCCCACCCCCUUCACCUCCUGCAUCCUAAUAGGCCACUCAGUAGGAGCCUACAUAGCAACCGAAAUCUUCCACCGCCACCACCUCACCCCCUUAUCCGCCCUCCUCAACCUGACUUCGGCGAUCCUCCUCUUCCCAACCCUAACCCACAUCGCCCGCUCCCCCUCCGGCCAAAAACUCUCCUUCAUCGCCUCCCAACCCCUCUUGAACUCCUACACCCACAUCCUUGCCAAAUCCAUCAUCAACUGUCUCCCCACCCCCAUUGUUUCCCUCAUCCUCUCCAAAAUAAUGAAACAGCCCCCCCACGCUUUAUCCACCACCCUCAGCUUCCUGCAGAGCCAAGACGGGAUAUGGCAGGCGAUCCACAUGGGCAAAGACGAGAUGUCCACCAUCACCGAAGAGAAGUGGUCUUCCGACCUUUGGCACUUGGCCGACGACACAGAGCACAACGGAGAGAAAUUUUAUUUCUAUUUUGCAAAAAAAGACCACUGGGUCGCCGACGAGGUGAGGGACGCGUUCAUUGAGCGGAGGGAAAAGGACCAGAACGGGAGAACGAAGGCAACGAUUUGUGAAGAGGGAGUGCCGCAUGCUUUUUGUAUACAUCACAGCGAGACCGUAGCGGAAAAGGCCGGGGUUUGGAUCCGAGAGAUUACCGGGUCAUGGACUGACUGA